AUGCGACACCAGGGCGCGUUUCGUAAUGUGAUCGUGUCGUUUGAUAUGGAGGAUGAGGCCUUUCGUGAAUUGCCUAUGCCUAAGAAUUUGCAAGGAGAACAAGACUCUAGAUUUAUGGUGGCACGACUUGAUGGGUUGCUUGCGCUAUUAUGGCCCGACAUGGGGUUUCACUCCUUGUGGGUGAUGAAAGAGUAUGGAGUAGCGGAAUCUUGGAUUAAGCUGUUCAAUAUUAACAUUGCGCAAGGAUUGCAGGAGGUGUUAGGCUUUACAAAGAAUGGUGAACUUCUACUGAUCCAUUAUGGAUCGUUGAUUUCUUACGAACCUAGCCAACAAACUUGGUAUUUUCACUUUGGCCUAUUUGACUGGUUGUCUUUGGAUACCUAUGUGGAGAGCCUUGUUCUACUGAAUAUAAGCACAAGGUAUUCAUCCAAAAAGAAAGAAAGAAGAAUAUCAACAGAAGGUUAA